AUGACGAGAGACGCGUUAUAGCCAGCGACGUGGAGUGAUCGCGCUUCUCUGACCGUGUUUCGAUGCUUUUACGUUCCGUUACGGCAUCCCACGUCUCGCCCGUCGCGCCACCAUCAUAUAUUCCGGAUAUUGUUACUCGACCAACGUGGUGUAUUCCGGCAGAAGCGUCUUUCGCGAGUGUGCGGUGACACAUCGCGUUCUCUCGAGCGCGUCAAGUCCUCGCCGUGUCGUAAGUGAGUGAAGGAGAAAGGAAGAGCGCGAGACGCCGAAAGAGAUAGAUAGAGAGAGAGAGAGAGAGAGAGCAGAAACGCGGCGAAACGGGAGGAUAACGAAAGAGAUAGGGCCACUGACGUGUGCGGGCGUGUAUCGGAGUGUGCGCGCGCCCGCGCGUCAUCGGCGAGUACAGACGCACACACGCAGCAUCACCGUCUAUCGGAUAAAUAACGCGGCAGCGUAACCGGGCGCGCGCCACCGGCAUCCACAUAGCGACGUUCAUUCAAGAAUGCAUUAAUUACGCGCGCUCGACAGUUGAAACGUGCGUGUCGCUUCGAUUUUUAUACGUGUGACGUGCGACGAACGAUAUAUUCCCAUUCGUUUACGGAGAAAGUGGAAACACACAACGCGCCGAGUCGGAGGUUAACGGCGAGUCCAAGAUGCUCAAGUUCAUCAGGGGGAAGGGCCAGCAGCCCACGGCCGAGCGGCAGAAGCUACAGAAGGAUCUCUUCGCUUUCAGAAAGACGGUACAGCAUGGCUUCCCGAACAAGCCAACCGCUCUCGCCUGGGAUCCGAGUCUGCGGGUGAUGAUCAUCGGCACGGCAUCCGGCGCCAUCAAAGUUUUUGGAAGACCAGGCGUAGAAUUUUAUGGACAACAUUCCGUUGAAAGCGGUGAGAAUGCCGUCACGAAGAUUAUCCCACUGCCGAAAGAGGGUCGCCUCGUGUCCUUGUGCGAUGACAAUUCGCUACAUUUAUGGGAAAUCAAUGAAUGUUCUAUAGUGGAAACGAAGUCAUUGUCAUUGGAGGGUAAAUUGAAGAAGAUCUCCGCGAUAUGCCUCGAAUCUAACGGGAAGCAUCUUUUGUUGGGAACAGAGGGGGGCAACAUCUAUUUGCUAAACUUUGAGACUUUUGUCAUGCCGGAUAAUAUUAUCUAUCAAGAUGUCGUGAUGCAAAACGUCCCGGAAGACUACAAGAAAAAUCCAGGAGCAGUUGAAGCUAUUGCCGAGCAACCAGGACAUCCAGACAAUAUCCUAAUCGGUUACAAUCGAGGUUUGAUGGUGCUAUGGAACAAAGCCACUCCAGGAGCACAACAGCUGAUGGGUUUGUUUUCGCGUGCGCAGACAUUCGUCUCCACGCAACAGCUGGAAUCGGUUCACUGGAUCUCCGAGAAUCGCUUUGUCUCGUCACACAAUGACGGUUCGUACGCGUUUUGGAGUCCGGGUAGCGACGCCGUUCCGGAGCUCACGUCAUUUUACGGCCCGUUCCCGUGCAAGGCCGUCACUAAGAUCCUCGUAUAUCCAACCGCUGAACACGGCGACCUCUUCCUAUUCUCCGGUGGUAUGCAACGUGCCAGUUACGGAGACCGACACACGAUCACUGUCAUGACCAAGGAUAAACAUUUAAUUUUUGACUUCACGUCUAAAAUCAUAGACUUUUUCACCGUUUUCCCCGAAGAAGAAGAAGGAGGAAUUAAUGAAAGCCCUGUUAGUCCGGAAGUGCUAAUAGUGUUAGCCGAAGAAGAAGUGGUAGCUAUCGAUUUGACCAAUCCCGAAUGGAAAAUGAUGCCUCUGCCUUAUUUAGUAUCUCUUCAUGCGAGUGCGGUCACUUGUUCUCAACACGUGCCCAAUGUACCCGAGGAACUUUGGGAUGCAAUCGUAGCUGCAGGUAGAGCACAAACGGAGCAUCUUUAUUCGGAUAAGGAAUGGCCUAUUAAUGGCGGAAAUUUCCUCUGUCCGAUAAAUGUUAAUAAGCCUAAGAACAGAGAACUAUUGCUUACUGGGCACGAGGACGGUACUGUGAGAUUUUGGAAUGCGUCCGACGUUUGUCUGACUCCACUGUACAAAUACAACUCGUCGAUUUUGUUCACCGGCGAGCAUUUGGACGUUCUCGAGCAGCCGCCAGAGGAUGACGAAGGCGAGUGGCCGCCGUUCAAGAAAGUGGGAAUCUUCGAUCCAUAUUCUGACGAUCCACGACUCGCCGUGAAGAAAGUUCUUCUUUGUCCUUUAUCCUCGACAUUAGUGGUUGCCGGUACGGCCGGCCACGUUAUCGCCGCCACCAUCUCCUCGAAACCAGUUAACAAGGAGAUAAAAGCCGUUACAAUGAACAUCGUCAACGAUCGUGACGGAUUCGUGUGGAAAGGUCAUGAUCAUUUGCCGCCGAGAACAACGAGUAUAUCGUUCGCGAUCGGAUUUCAACCACAGAGUCUGCUUCAGUUGUAUCCACCAGCCGCCAUUACGGCAUUGGCAUUGCACAGCGAAUGGGGUCUGCUCGCCACCGGUACAGCGCAUGGACUCGCGGUCUUUGAUUAUACUAGAUCAAAGGCCGUUAGUGUUAAAUGCACGCUUAAUCCAAAUGAUCUCUCUGGUGCAGGUGACACUCCUAUUUCUCGACGAAAGUCAUUUAAAAAAUCUCUUAGAGAAUCUUUCAGAAGAUUGAGAAAAGGACGUUCACAACGCAGAGCGAACGCUAAUAGUCCCACAGGAAAUACUAUACCAGAAAAGAAGAAAGAAAGUAUCAGUGUUGCUUCCUCACCGAGCGGAGAUUUAUCACCGGCGGUGGAAUUAAAACCAAUAGAGAGACAAGUGGAAGCGAGACCUGUUGACGACGCUCUAGGCUCUAUGGUUCGAUGUCUGUACUUUGCCAGAAGUUAUAUCAUUAGCUUACAAAAUACAACACCUACUCUUUGGGCGGGCACCAAUAACGGCACAGUUUACGUCUUUACGUUGGCUAUACCAGCUGGUGCGAGAAGAACGGAAGAGGACGUCAACUGUACACUCGGUAAAGAGAUACAAUUGAAGCAUCGUGCACCAGUAAUCGCGAUCACGAUCCUUGAUGGAUCCAGCGUGCCGUUACCGGAAUCCUUCGAGGCCGAGAAGAACAUAGUGCCUGCGCCCGAUAUGACUUCCCCACACAGAGUUGUAAUCGCUAGCGAGGAACAGUUCAAGAUCUUCAAUCUUCCGUCCCUGAAGCCGUAUUGCAAAUACAAGUUAACCGCUCACGAAGGAUCUAGAGUGCGAAAGACAGGUUUUGCCAAAUUCUCGUGUUCUGUUGAGCCAGAGGGAAUUCAUGAAGAAACUUGCUUGCUCUGUUUGACGAAUCUUGGCGAUUGUCUGGUGCUGAGUAUACCGGAAUUGAAGAGACAAUUAAACGCCGCUGCGAUUAAGAGGGAGGACAUCAACGGUAUUUCUUCUUUAAUAUUUACGAAAGCUGGAGAAGCGUUCUAUCUUCAUUCGAGUUCGGAGCUCCAACGAAUUUCUCUGUCAGCCGGGAAAGUAACGAAAGCGCAAUGUGUGCUCAAUUUACCACCGCGCGCUAGGUCGUCAACAGAAAGAACGGAAAACAUUAACGAAGUCGCACAGGAACAAGGUAUCGUUGAAGGAGUGCCUGAAACCGAAGGAGAGACGCAGGAGAGUCAACCACCGACAAUAGCGAAUCGAGUUAUUACGGAAAAUGGCAUAGUAGGUGCUACUGGGGAAGAAGAAUCUCCGAAGGAAUCAUCGCUGCGACCGGCUAUAAGUAGUAUAGACGUAAAUGGGGAAGACGAUCGUCAGGAUUUAAGUUCUAUCGGAGACAUUACAAUCGACAGUGUUAAAGAUCAUUUACUUAACAGUUCACUUUUCAGAAACGCAACGUCUUCCGAAGAGCUCCACAAUCGUUUGGCAGGGCUUAAGAUGGAGGUCACUUCACGAACUUCCGAGGUAUCUACGCAGAAUCAAUCAUUAGUGGUGAAAACUACCACUGUGGUUACUCAAACUACAAAUAGCACGACUGCGAAUGGCGAAGUCGAAACGAGUCAAGCCAAUGAAACACAGCACAUAAACAGCACUACGGUAGAACGAGAGAUAUGCAGCGGUAUCGAGACAACAACAACACACGCUACCAUCACUCUACCUCCGAACGUCGAGAUUAGUGCUGCGGAUCUGGCCAAUUUGGAAGUCACUACGACUACAGUGACCACUACUACAGAAAGGUCCAAGGCACCGUUAGCUAGGCCAGAAGAAGUUGGUUCGUAGGCCUGUUCCAUAUCCAUUUCUCUACACUGACCAUGCAUCGAUUUCGCGCUCCUUUUACAGAGCCAUUAGUAAUUGAUUAUUCUUAUCUAACCAAUGUAUACAGCGGCGAUAUAAAUAGGAUUAAUGUAUCGUAGAUUUUUUAAAAGUCUAGAUUUCUACGAAGCAUUUUUAACGUUUAAUCACGCACGUUGCGCGAGCGAUUGGUUAAGUUUUAAUGUAAACUUUAUGCAUUUCUCAUUGACAUCUAUCAUUGCAUUCUACUUGAAAGUAUUCUAAAUGAGUAACUUUUGGAAUUGGCGAAGAAUCAAUGAUUUUUAACGAAAAUAGGCCUAGAAAUUUUUUAUUUAUCUCAUGAGAUAACUAAUUCUUGCUAUGUUUUCCUUUAGAUAAGAAAUUUUAAGAUUUUAAUUAUUAAUCGAAAACUCGAAAGUUUUUUUGGUUAAAGGUACCAUAUAUAUCAAAAUAUCAAAUUUUACAAUAAACUUAGAAGACUUUUAUCAUAAGAAUUAUUCUAUGGUUUUAUACGGCGAUUUUAAUGUUUAUUAAUUUAAUAAUAAAUUGAUGCAUGUGUGACCUACAAUCAUACCGAUACGAUCAGUAUGAUCAUAGAUUUUUGGAAAAAAAGAUUAUAAUUUAUCGAGAGAUAGGAAGGACAACAUCACAAAUCGUGAAUUAUUAUGGCAGCCUUAAAUUUAUUCUUUAUAUGUUAUUUUAUAUAUUUUUAAUUAUUAUAUAAAAUCACACGACUUAAGCUAUUCACAGUAUUUGAAAUGUUUUGGGUGUCUUGUAAAUUUUUCACAAGCAGAAGUAUGUAACUUGUGGUGCGAUAUAAAAAGAUGCUUCAAACAAGGAAAAAAUAUAGCUAUUUAAGUAGACUUAUAUAUAUGACGAACAAUUAAGGAGAUUAAGCACGAAUUGUAAGGAGGAAUGUCUGUCGAUGAGAACGCGUUAAAAAUAUAUUUUUUAUCGAUGUUGCUUAAUCGUUAAGUUUCCUCUCUCUUAUAUCGAAGAGUAUGCAAUCGAAGUUUCGAGGAGAUUGUCGAAUACUCGGGUACGCUUAACAUACAUAUUAUGAUACCGAUAUAGUUACUUCAUUGUUGCAUUUAUUCACAGCCUUUUCUUUCUAGACAGAAUAAUCGCAUGGAUUAGUCUUUAGCGAUGGAUAAUUGCUACAAAAUGCGUUUCUGCCUUGUGUUACUUCAUGAAUUCUUAUAAAGACUAUACAUAUCGUGUUUUUACAUCGAUAUAUUUAUAGCUUGCCUUUGCAAUGUAGGAAAGCACCGAUUAUAUUGAAUAUCUUAUAAUUUUGAUCUCAAUAGAAUUGUCAUGGAAAUAGUAUAGUUCACAUUAUAUCUGGAAAUUGUUUUUAACCAUAUGUCGAUAAUUUUACAAAAUUGUAUAAAAAACGAAUACUAGCGAAUUCGAAGUGCAACAGACUGAUGGAGGUACAUCAUGACCUUCCUUAUCAAUCGCAUAUUUGCAUAACUUAGUUCUUGUUUUAAAACAACCAAUUAAAAUUUUAACCGAUAAAAAUUUCAAUUUUAAACAUGUAUUGACGCUAAUACUGAUUAUUACUCAAUGCGAUAAAGAUAAGUUUUAAUUUUUGUAUAGGUUUUCUCUCUCCUUUUUAAUUUCAUAAUUAUUCUUAUUCAUGAUUGUUCAUUGAUUUUAUUUUAUUUUAUACUCUAAAGCGUGCAUAAUGUAUUGUCAUAUCUUGCACAUCUAUGCUUCAAAAGGAACAAAAAAAGAAAAAUAUAUUGAAGUGGAUUUCAAUCAAUUAUAACUUAGAAGCAUAACUAAUAAUGAUUCUUCAUUUUAUUGAAUCAACGCCGAGUUUGCUGAUAUGUACACUUAUAAUAUUGUAAAUUGUUUUUUACUUUGAUAAAGUAAUGUAUAGUGUACACAAAAUAUGAAAUUGAUAAAACACUGCCCCCCUGAAACUUUUUCCUAUCCAGUACUGUUAAAUACUGAUUGUAACAUGUCUUAUAUAUUGAAUGCCUAUUACAAGAAAAAUAUAUAAAUGAUUAUUGCUGUAUUUUCUAUUUCAAA